GCCGUCCGCCUUCAUCUGCACCGUUUCCAGCUGCCUGCAUCUUCGACCUGUGCCGCCAUGCCCAAGUGCCCCAAGUGCAACAAGGAGGUGUACUUCGCUGAGCGGGUGACGUCCCUGGGGAAGGACUGGCACCGGCCCUGCCUCAAGUGUGAGAAAUGUGGAAAGACGCUGACCUCCGGGAGUCACGCUGAGCACGAGGGCAAGCCUUACUGCAACCACCCCUGCUAUGCAGCCAUGUUCGGGCCCAAAGGUUUUGGGCGUGGAGGAGCUGAGAGCCACACUUUCAAGUAAAUCCAGCCCAGCGGCCCCCUUCCCAAGCUGGACAUCCCUUGGGCCUGGAGGCGGUUAGGGAUGCGGAGCCCUUACUUCUCCAUCCUCUCUGCAGACCCCACCCUCUGUUGGCUGACCACUCUGCUUUGCUGUUGCUCCUCCAGGCAGACACUGGGUCUUGUUCCCCAGCACCUGAAACUCCUCUGUAGCCCUGGACACCCUCAAUAAACUUUAAACACUCAGAA